AUGGUUAUAUAUCGAAAUCGAAAAUUAGAAGAAGAGAUUAAUAGUUGUAAAUCUUGUUCAAGAAUUGAUUUACGAAAACAAAAAAUAACAGAUUUAGAUAUGGAAUUUAUUAUUCAAGAAGCAGUUAUUAAUAAACAAUGUACAAUGCUCUGGUUCAGUGAUAAUCAAUUAACAUCACAAAGUGUAUCAAUUCUCGCUUCAACAUUACAUAAUAAUACAACAUUAGAAGGUUUAUCUCUUUGUCACAAUGGUAUUAAUGAUGUUAAUAUAUCACAUUUAAGUCAAAUAUUAUCUGAUAGUAAAACAAAAUUAAAUAGACUUGCUCUUACUUCAAAUGAGAUUACAGAUGAAGGUGUACAAUAUCUUGCUGAAAUGCUUAAAACUAAUCAUUCAUUAACACAACUUUGGUUAGGUUCUAAUCAAAUUACCGAUCGUGGUAUGCAAUACUUAGCAGAUGUACUUGCACAUCGUAAUAGGACUCUUCAUGUAUUAUCUCUUACAUGGAAUAAACUAAUAACUGAUUUAAGUGUAGAUAGCAUUAUUAAUAUGUUGGAAUAUAAUCAAACAUUGAGAACAGUGUGUUUAUCUAAUUGUGAUUUAUCUGAUAUUGGCAAAGAAAGAUUAAGAGAAGCAAUAAAAUUACGUAAGGAGUUUUAUCUUGAUCUUUAA